GGGCUCAUGAGCUCAAGCCCGGACUUUCGGUACUCAAAGGGCGGCUCAGCCCGAUCCAUCGACCCGACAGUUCGGUACCAUUCAUGUUGGUUGGCGAACCGGCUAAAUGAACUCGGCGACAGAACAAAUUUUUAUCAAGUCUUCUGCAACAAUGCGGCGCGGAUGCAGAAAUGCCCUGGUGUUUAAAUGGGGCAUGGUAAAAAUGGUUGGACGAGCGGGGUUCAUCCGUACAACGUUACACGCCUAUCGUGUGUUUUGGGAGUAGUUUAGGCGAUCGCGAGUAUCUUUGUAUGGGUUUUUGAACCGUUUGAAUGGGUUUUGUGCGUUGGCGUGGGGGUUGGUGGUGUUGGAAAGGUUAAAAGAAGGAGCGUGGAUGAAAUGCAUCGCCGAGGCUCUGCGAAGGAAUAUUUUAAUAAAUAGAGGGGGCUGUAAGAAUGAGUGUCAAUUCCUUCAUUCGCUUUGACUGAUUGUUUUCCUUUUUCUGGUCCGCUCUGCUAUUUUCAAUGCUGAUCUUCUAACAUAUUAUCGAGGCGUAUUGGAGCGAGAAGGAAGCCUCCCUCAUCUACUCGUACCUCAUGUCCGAUUGUUUGUGAUCUGGCGGGGUAGAUACAGUCGGAUUCAGCCUUAUCUAUUUUCUCAAUGUUACACCAACCGUUACAAUAAGCUUAUUUAACUGUUUGGUUCUUCCGUUACAUCGUACCGAAGCCACGCCUCUGUGUAUGUUUUUUAUAUCACAGUGUUACGAAUCAUAUCACAUUGUUGGCUACGCUUCUAUGACGCCUUCUUCUUCUGUGCCUAUCCCCGUCAUUUUUUUAACGAGUUGGUGGCGUUGAAUAGAGUGGUAGAAGAAAAGGCUUGAUUACUUCUUCUAUUUCUUAUUUUUGUUGCUUGCUUGCUUGCUUGCUUGCUUCUUAGUUGUCUAAUUGAUGAGUCGGAGAGGUGAUAUUCAUGUCUUCUAUCAGGAGUUCGACUUUUGGAGUGCAGAUAUCUGACACCAUGAGAUGUGCCGGACAAGCAGCAAAAAGUCGGCGAGAGAAGAAAUUUCAAAAGGGAAAUACUAUGGCGAAGAUUCGAUCGAAAUUGGGGAGGGUGUUUGGGAGGGUGUGGGAGUUUUGGCAUGAUUUCAAAAAGUGGAGAAGAGAUGUUGAGGAAGCGAGACAAAGACGGGCGGAUAGAUACGAUAACCAUAUGGUAAAUCCUGAUGAUAUAUGGUGAUACUUCCACGAAAACUCAUCUGCAGUCUAAAAUGGCUCGACAUGAGACGAGAAAAAGAUUACGUGCAUCUUUAACGAGCUCGAGACAGCAUGUGAUACCCUGAACGCUAAUAGCAGGAUGGAAAGUCAUAGAUCAUUCUCGGAUCCUCAUAUUCUGAUAUUCUAUGGUCUGAGUAGCGGCCCUUGCAUGAAAUACCUCGUACAUGCCACUGCUUGUUAUUAUUCGAGAGACAGCAGCGUUGUAUACCUUGGGUAUCAGCACUUCUAAGACACAGAGACACAAUUCUUUAUUGAGAAUCUUCUCAUAGUGUCAUACUAUUCCGGAGUAUACGAGCAGGUCUGAGGACAAAGUAUUGUCGCGUCAGAAGCCUUGGUACUACCAACUACGGAAUACUGCCCUCUCCAUACACUUGUCUGGAGAUAAUUCGGCUGUUGAGGCUCUCUAAACUUCAAGUAUGGAAAAAAAUUCUUCUGUUUGGUUUGCAAAUGAAUCCGAUGAAAAAUGGGAAGGGGAAUUAGGAGAAGGAGAAUGGUUUUGAAUUUUGAGACAAAGGUUCUUGCAUGCGGUUUUCGCACUGGAAAUUGGAGAUAGAAUGGCUUGGUUCCCUCAAAUUCGUACUUUGAUGAUGUUAGCGGAGAAAUGGUUCUGAUCUAUGUCAGUGAAACUCUUUUAUCAUAGUCUUGACCAAGGAUGGCUACAGUGGGUGCAUGAACUCAUCAAUGUUGAAGAAGUUCAGCCGAACAAGUCGAGUAUGUGAAAACUUAGACUUAGAGGCAUGGUGAAAGGUUUUCUCCAAGAGACAUCUGCGUUUCCAACUCUUUAGCGCAUCUUACGUUUUCAAUAUAAAUAACACAAGUUCAUUCCAAAUCACUUGACAAUAAUGAGUAUAGCAUCUUUAAAAAAAA